AACAUUUACGGCUGAAGGUGUUAAAGUAUUUGCACGCGAGGGUGAAUCAUAUUUUCAUUUAUACAAUAUUUCACUUUUAACCGAAAAUGGCGCAAAUUGUAAAGAAAUUUAUACAUCAACAGAAUAUGGAAGUACUUCUCGAUCUUAUAGUAUGCAAACAAAUCAAGAUCAAGAUAACACCGAAUUGGUAAAUGCUUACAUUUGUCGUUCAACAGCAAUACCGAUGCAUCCGAUUGCAAAUGCUACACAACGUUUUUAUUACAUUUCACCCGUCAUAAUUGGUGACAAAAUUUUGGCUAUAACAUCUGAAAGAGAAUUGAAUGAAUAUGUCAAAUUAACUGAUCGAGAAGAAGCUGAUAUCAAUGCUAAUGAUAACAAUACAAGUAAUAAAUCACCAGAUAUACAUUUUUUCUUUGGCUCAUCUGGGCCACCAACACAACUUUGCCAGCAUGGGGUAUAUACUGCUGUUACAUUAAAAUGUGAUCCACGACAAGUUACCGAACCAUUGGUAAAACUACCAAGUAAUUGUCCGGAUGGUACUUGUGAUGGUUGUUUGUAUCAUAUUAUCAUUUAUUCAUUACAUGCUUGUCCUAUUUGUACUGAUCAAGAUUACAGUAUAAUUAAAGGUGAAUGCAUUAAUGGAAUGCAAUCAGUUCAUAGUAUACCGGCAAGUUAUUGUAUUUCAACGGAGAUGAUAAAAAUGGAACGAAAGGAGCAUUGUACAACAAUUACAUUACGAUUACAAAUGCUUAUUUUUGGCAUUAUUUUAACUCUUAUUAUAUUAUGUGUUAUCAUUGUUAUGGCUUAUCGUAAGAACAAAAGUUUGGAAUAUAAAUAUAUGAAAUUGGUAGAAUGGAAAGAUAAUGCGAAAGAUUUACGAUCAUUUGGUGCUGAAUCAUGUGGAGUGGAAGAUAAUGAUAAUGAAGAUGAUGGCGAAGAUCAUGAUCGCAUAUUUUUUGCUCGAAAAAAUAGGCGACCAUAUCGUGAAUACAAGAAAGAGCGCAAUUUAUAUCAUGAUAAAGAUCGAGAAGAUAAUGGACAUACACCAUUUGUUCCAUUAGAACAAGCUGACUAA